GAUAACAUUUUGUUGAAGCUGUCCUAAAGGAGUUUCCUAAGACGAAUAGUUGUGCAAAUCUCCCUCUCUCACACACACUCUCUACCUCUCUCUCUCUCUGUGUUGGGAUCAUUUCUGAGGCACUGAAAAUUGACACGCAACCCCCCCAUGUCCUCCUCCUCCGUGUGUCCCCUUUCUUUCUCUCCCACUGCUGUGGACGGUGAAGACGCUGCAAACAUCAAACCAAAUUCAGUGCUUGUGUGUGGAGGAAAAAAGAGGAAUGGAGUGAUUGCUGCAGGAAGGGAGGGAGGAAGACAAAGAGUGUGAGGAGGAAGGAUAGACUGCCUCCAUGUCCCUUAAGUGAGUCUGCGUUCAGUGUCACAAGAGCUGAAGACUCCUUGAUUUCUCCUUUUGGGAUUGACACUGUAUUUCUUCAGCGGACUGACCUCGUGUUUGACCCUCAACAUUGGGAUGUUUUAUCUGUCAUUUUUCCUCCUAAGAUGCUGGAUAUUAAAAGCCUCUGCAGGGCAACAAGUGGCUCUCACUGGAGCUUUGCUUACUGCUGACAGCUGAUGUAGAGUCGGGUAUUUCCAGCACUGACACUUCACACUGCAGUGUCACUCUCUGUGCUCUGUACAGUGUCAUGCAAAACAUACCCGACACUUGCUCAACACUCGGGGAAAUACAAAUAAAACUGCAACUCUGUGAAGUUCACCUGUGAAGGAGCACAAGUACUGACAGACUGAAAGAGAUUUCAUGAACUUCACCCACACUUUUGUUGUUGAUUCGCUCACAGCUGCAGAAUUUUGAGCCUGGAUUUCCAAACGAGGCAAAUAAACAAACAAACAUUGGAUGGAAGAAGCUCAGUGACAACAGACUAAAAGCAGAUGGAGAGGAAAUUAAGUACUCAGGAGGAGGUGAAGUUUGGUGGAGCAGCCAUGUCCCUGCCCACAGACCUGAGCUACCUUCAGGACAGUGGGGGAGCUGAUCGAGAGGCGGCGCUGGCGACGCUGGAGAAACAGCUGAUCUGUCCAAUCUGCCUGGAGCUGUUCAACAAGCCUGUGGUCAUCCUUCCCUGUCAACACAAUCUGUGCAGGAAGUGUGCCAACGAGCUCUACCAGCCCUCACUAUUCCAGGCUCGGACCACCAUGAUGGUGAGCAGUGGUCGUUUCCGAUGUCCGUCCUGCAGACAUGAAGUGGUGCUGGAUCGCCACGGCGUCUACGGCCUUCAGCGAAACCUGCUGGUGGAGAACAUCAUUGACAUCUACAAACAGGAAGUCAGCAGCAGUAACAAUGCGAGCCCCCUCCCUCUUCCUCCACCUCCUGCUCAUCUGACGUGUUCAGACCAUGAAGGCGAGAAGGUGAACAUCUACUGUAUCACCUGUCAGGUUCCCACCUGUUCUCUCUGUAAAGUGUUCGGGGCUCAUCAGUCCUGUCAGGUGGCUCCACUGACAGACAUCUACCAGCAGCAGAAGGAUGCGUUGAACAAAGAAGUUAGUUCUGUGGCGGCAAACAACGAUAAAAUCCAAACUUUGAUCAACGAGCUGGAGGAGACCAUCAAAAAAAUAGAGGAGAACUCCAAGUCUCAGAAACAGAGUGUGUGUGAUCAGUUCAACCACAUGAUGUCUAUCCUGGGAGAGAGACACAAGGUGAUGGCCCAGCAGAUCACCGCUGAGCAGGAGGAGAAGACAGGUCACACUCAGGCCUUGAUGCGUUGUUAUGGAGACAGUGUGGAGACCAAUGCAAAAUUGAUGGAGAAAGCAGUAAGCAGCAUGGAGGAGUUAGACAUGGCUGAUUUGAUCCAGAAUUCUGGGGAGCUCAUCAAAAAAGUGACUGCUGCGACCAGCUCCUGCCCGACUGAAAAGCUGAAUCCAGGUUAUGAGAAUCUGGGUCCCUACGUAUUUAAUUUCAGCAGACAGGAGAGAGCUCUGAAGAGCAUUGACUUUCCUAAAGUUGUGGAGGAGGUUUCUGAAGAACCAGAACCAGUGGAAUCAGAGCCAGAACCCUCUGCCCACAACACUGAACCAGAGCGCCACCAGGAAAGCUCCACGCACAACCUGGGAUCUGAAGCAGAACCUGUUACAGAGACAAUCCCAGCAGUGGUAUCACCACCGGAGGAACCACCUCCAGCCCAGAGUCCACCUGCUCCACAACUCCUCAGAGACUCUGUGGACCCUGCAGGGGCAGGUCUGCAGCCACAGACCGAAGGAGCAGACGUGAACGAUGAAGAAUCAGAUCAGAUUGCGGAGGAUGACAAGGACAAGGACGAGGAUGUGGAGGAGGACGAGGAGGAGGAGGAGGAGGAGGAGGAGGAGGAGGAGCAGGAGAGAAACGAUUUGGCAGAUGGAUGUGACGUUCCGUACCCUGUCAAAGAGGCAAACAUUUGUGAACAGCAGGAGGGAAUGAGCACCCAACAGGCUGUCACUUUGUUCUUCUACCUGUUGGCCUUCCUGGUCAUCCUGCAGAGGGUGUGGGCUUACAUCGGCUGCUUCAUUUGCACCUAACACCAGCAGGAUACACCUCCAUCCUCACUGCUGCACAGCUCAGUCAGAGACUGAGACUAGGUGCACCCCCCUCUCUUCCUCCUCCUCUUCUUCAUCCUCCUUCCACCCCAAUGAGGCUCCUCAUCGACCCAGAUUCUGCUUCUCCUGGUUAAACCCCCUCAACAAGAAGUAGAGGAAAGAGAGUCGAGCCGGGAGAUGAAGUUUUGCCGACGUCAUGAAGAGGCAUUUCAGUUUUUAGUGAGCCCAGUGUUGCUCUGAGACUGAAAACAUAUACUUGGAUAAAUCUCUCUGUGAGUUUCUGUUCUUUUAUCAUCACAGGUUUGAUCUAAAUAUUUGUCCAGUAUAAAAUACAUGAGCACAUCUAUGUUGUGUGGGCAAAAUGGAAGAAUUUAGCAGUUUCUUUAGCAGAAUAGAAAUGCUAAAGUGGAGGAGACGUAAUAAUUUUUAUAGUAUAGAACUUGUAACAACAGUAUUGCAAACAGUGCAAAUAAAAAAGUAAAAUGAAGCAGCAAGUUUUGUGCAAUAUUAGCAAUAGUAAAAGUAAAAUAAUGAGUUUUACAUACAGAGGCAGCAAUAGAGUACAGUUGGUUCUGUGCUGACCAGAAUGUGUUAUUUUCUGCAGCAUUUUAACAUCAAGAAUAAUAAUUUUCUUAAUAUUUUACUAAGUAAUAUCAACAAUCUUGUUGUGAUUGACUGUGAGAAACAAUAACUUGUAUCUAUUUAGAAAUAAGCACAAGAAAUUAUUUCAAUCAGAGGCGAUUAAAUGUCGGUAAACAGCAUUUUAUUGCUGAUGUGUUCCACAGUCACAGUCAGUCACAUCAGAAAAGAGAUUUUUGAAACAGUGAGAAGCAGUUUGAAGUGGUGAUGUUGGACAACAGAUUUAUGGCAUGCUUUGUUACCACAAAUGCUUUUCUUUUCCCUUUUACUGAAAGAUCUGUUUACACUGCAGGAGCUCUCUGUGUGUGAGAGAGAGAUAAAGCACUUUUUAUGUGAUGCAGGGCACAGUCAGUGAUUUUAUUUGAUAUAUCAUUAGAUUAAAUAAAUUUGACUGAA